UCUCCUCCUCGAAUCCUACAGGGCCCCGCCUCCCGCAAGUAGUUUCACUUCUGAUUUUAAUCCACUCUGAGAUCACUUCCUCCUCCAGGCAGCUCCGGAGGGACUAGCAGCGAAUAUGUGGCUGCCUGCUGUGUGGUGAAGGCAGCAGAAAAGGUCCUGGUCACGGUUUUCUUGGGGGAGGGAUAUGACUCCAUUCCAAAUCUCAUAAGAUCCAGGAUGUGAGGUGAGUGAAGGCCCAGGAUAGGCACCCUGUGGCCUUGGAAGAGGGGAAGGCCUUCUCCCCAGGAGAGAGAAGCCUGGUGUAUCCUUUGGAGAAAUAACCUGUCAAGGAAUAGAAGACUCCAAAAUAAAUUCUCUAUGGCUCCAAGAGACUGGUCCUGGUUAUUAGAGGGAAAUAGGCUAUCUGAGAGAAAAUUUCCUGUGGAGGCCAGUGGCAGCCAGUGCAUUGAACAGAAGCUUGGGUGAGGUGUAUUUCCAUCACUGUGGAAAAGUUCUGGUUGCUUCAUCUCUGCCUCUAGAUCCAGCGUCAGAGCUUUUCGGGAAAAGCCAUGGCCUCAUCCACUACCACUAAGAAGAUGAGGGAGGAAGCCACCUGCUCCAUCUGCCUGAACCUCAUGGUUGAGCCGGUGAGCAUCAGCUGUGGACACAGCUACUGCCACUCAUGCAUAGUGGGCUUCAUUAAGAACCUACACCGCAUGGAACCGUGGCUGGAGACGUUCUCCUGUCCUCAGUGUCGGGCUCCAUUUCAAAUGGCAAGCCUCAGGCCCAACAAGCAGCUGGGAAGCCUCAUUGAAGCCAUGAAGGAGAUGGACCAUGAAAUGCCAUGUGAGGAACACGGAGAGAAGCUCCACCUGUUCUGUGAAGACGAGGGCCAGCUCAUUUGCUGGCGCUGUGAAAGGACACCACAGCACAAAGGGCACACCACAGGUCUUAUUGAAGAUGUAUGCCAAGGCUACAAGGAAAAGCUUCAGGAAGCUGUCACAAAAUUGAGGGAACUGGAAGACGAAUGUAUGAAUCUGAAGGUGUUCACAACAAAGCAAAUAACUGAAUGGAAAGAGAAGAUAAACAUUCAGAGGCAAAAAAUCCAGUCUGAAUUUAAGAAUCUCCAGAGCUUCCUGCGUGAGGAGGAGAAGGCUUACUUAUGGAUGCUAGAGAAAGAAAAAGAGCAGACUCUGAGGAGACUGAGAGACAAUGAGGCCAAUCUGGAACAGAAGAGCCAUGAACUUGAGAGCCACAUCCUGGAACUAGAGGCGAAAUGUCAGGGCUCAGCCCAGAAAUUGCUGCAGGAUGUGAAAGACACUUUGAGCAGGAGUUGGGCUGUGAAGCUGGAAACACCAGAGGCCAUCUCUACGGAGGUUCAUACUGUGUGCAAUGUUUCUGAGCUUUACUUUGAUGUGAAGAAAAUGUUAAGGAGCUAUCAAGUCAGCGUGACUCUGGAUCCAGAUACAGCUCAUCAUGAACUAAUUCUGUCUGAGGAUCGGAGACAAGUGACUCGUGGAGGCCCCCAGGAGAAGCCUGACACUUCAAGGAGAUUUAGUGCCUUACCCUGUAUCCUGGGCUGUGAGGGCUUCACCUCAGGAAGACAUUACUUUGAAGUGGAUGUGGGAGAAGGAACUGGAUGGGAUUUAGGAGUUUGUGAGGAAAAUGUGCAGAGGGACAUUUGCAUGAUGCAGAUUUCUCAGUCUGGAUUCUGGGCCAUCAGGCUGUGCAAAAAGAAAGGCUAUGUGGCCCUUACCUCUCCCUCAACUUCCCUGCAUCUGAAAGAGCGGCCCCUGGUUGUGGGGGUUUUUCUUGACUAUGAGGCCGGAGUUGUAUCCUUUUACAACAUGACUACUGGCUCCCACAUCUUCACCUUCCCAAAGGCCUCCUUCUCUGAUACUCUCCGGCCCUAUUUCCAGGUUUAUCAAUAUUCUCCUUUGUUCCUGCCUCCCCCAAAUGAGUAAGGAAAGGAGCAAAGUCUCCUUCUUGGUUUAACUAACAUAGAGAAUAUAAUGUAAAUCCUGUGAGGGCAGAAAUUUGGUCUGUUUUCUUCAUUGUUAUUUCCCAGUACCUAAAACAGUGCUAGGCUUUUAGUGAAGACUUAAUAAAUCUGAAUUGAAUUAAUGGAUAUAAAGACUGUAAAAAUACCACAGAUGGUCGGCCUGAGCUGGAGGAAAGAUAAUAGCAAUGAUCAUACAUUUCCCUCUCCAUCCCUCUUCAAUGGGUUCAGAGCUUUGAUUUCCAAGAGUCCUUGGGUGACCAGCAGGGUGACCCAGAGGUCAGGAAGUCUGAGUUCUUCCAGUUUGAUGCCAUUUGAACUCAUGGGUGGAGAGUAAGGGAAAGCUGCAAUUGUCUCUGCCAACUGAAAAAAAGAGCAGGAAAAUCAAAAUAGCAGUGACUCUUCUAACCACUAUGUUGAUUAAUAAUCUGAGCUUCAACCCUGGAUGACAUAGUAAGUGCAGAUGGCAACCAGAUCUAGUGAGCUCUGCCUGGGCAGUAACUAAGUAAAGUGUGAGAGGAGAAUUAAAAGUGGCUUACAGUGAGAUGCUUCAAAUGGGGAGGAGAUUAAUAAUAAACAUGAAUUUUGAUGGGGAACUCAGUACUGGAAAAGAAUUUGGUAUCUUUCAGGUACUAGAGCCAGCUAUCUUGAAAUAUUUUAACAUCUCAGUGAAUAGUUAUUGCUGGAAUGAUUGUUGGCAGUCUUUAUUAUGAAUAAGAUAUGAUCAAAUAGGCCUUACCUAUACACAGAUUUAUUUUGAAAAGUACAUUCCACGUCAAACCUAAGUUAUAGCUGAGUUGGCUAAUGGUAGGACCAUGGUGACAUUAGCUGAAACACCAACAUUAAUGAUGACCAAAGAAUGUCACAAAAUCGCUAAAUGCCUAGUAGGUUAGUGAUUUCUUUUGUGAGUUGCCCAGUGUAUCCUCCUAAUCUAUUCCUGUUCUUGUUGUUGUUUGUGUUUUUUGCUUGCUUGAGGAAACUAGAGUUACUGUUCUGUGUGUGAGACCAUAUAUUAUGCUCAAAACUAGUUGAUCAACUUUCAAAGAAUUAGAUUCCAAUAAAUUAAACCCUUCUAAAUAUGUUGAAAUAUCUGAUGAUGCAGAAUGCCCUGUAGGGCUCCAAUGUUCACAAUAACAAACUUAAGGUUAUUAGUUAUUAGUGUUUUCUACUCACAGCUAUAGGAAUGGGAAUGUACUAUGGUCCCUUGAGCUCCUCCUUGUUCACCAGUACAUGAACUUUGGCAACUCUAUCUUGCUAAAAUUCUGAGCAAGAUUCAUCAGAGAGCUGCAGGGAGUACGUGACUGGGGCUCCCACUCCCACCCAGCCCAGUGUCUCACAAAUCCAGUCUGGGUAACUCCCUUACCAGUGAGUGGGGCCUUUGGGCAGCAUCGGGUACAUAGUUAGCCAGAAAUAUAGUGCCCCUUCCUCAUACCUUCUUGACACUCCCUCCCACUGGAAUUUCAUGUAGGGUCAGGUACAUAUAGUAUAUGGGACUCUGUGGUGUAGGACCAGAGACACAGACAGGGCACAGCAGGAAGGAUAGAAGGAUAGCAAUUGAGGGAGGCAGAGGAACAUAAAUAGACCAACUGACACAGAAAGCCUCUGUUCUCAGGCAAAGUCCAAACCACUUACCAUAGCCUAGAAGGCAAAUUCUAGCCCCACAGACCUCGCCUUCCUGGAUUAAUACAGAUCUUCCUUUACUUACGAUGGGGUUAUGUCCCAAUAAACCCAUGUUAAGUUGAAAACAUUUUAAGUCGAAAACGCAUUUAACAUACCUAACUUACUGAACAGCUUAGCUUAGCCUCACCUACCUUAAACGUGCUCAGAACACUUACAUAAGCCUACACUUGGGCAAAGUCAUCGAACACAAAGCCUAUUUUAUGAUAAAUUGUUGAAUAUCUCACGUUAUGUAUUGAAUCCUGUACCACAAGUGAAAAACAGAAUGGUUGUCUGGGUACAGAAUUGUUGUCAAUGUAUCGGUUGUUUAUCCUCGUGAUCGUGUGCCUGGCGGGGCUGCAGCUCCACGCAGCUGCCCAGCAUCACUAGAGAGUAUCAUAAGCAUAUAGCCAGCCCGAGAAAGGAGCAACAUUCAAAAUUACAAGUACAGUUUCUACUGAAUGCCUACCGCUUUCCCACCAGUCUAAACGCAAAAAAUCCUAAAUCGAACCAUCGUAAAUCGGGAUCUGUUUGUAAUCUGCUCUCCCUGUUUCUCAUCUUCCAUAUACAGUGGCCUUCUCUUUGGUUCUAGACAAUGCCAAGGUCAUUUUGGCCAAGGGCCUUUGAGCAUGCUGUGUUCUAGGUUCAGAGCAGUCUUUUUCCUGUCCUCUUUUUCUGAAGUUGGGUGAGCUCAUUCUGAUCACCAGCUGGGCAGACAGGAAGUGUAGGGAGGAUUAACAUCCCAGGAGGGAACCUUCAGAGUAGAACUGGAGUGGGUGGAUAAAGGCUCCAGCCAAAUGACCUUCAAAGGAACAAUUCUGAGACCCAUUUUACAGAGUGCCUCAGAGGACAUCCAGUGAUAUGGAAACCAAGUGCUUACAGUGGUAACUAGGCCAGGAAUGCACCCAUUACUGCCUUUCCACCUUCCGUCUGUCUCCCUGUUCUAGCACCCCUGCAUCCUCAGCUCACAUCCUAGUAACCAUCUCCACCCACAUCCGGUCUGAGCUCAACUUUUCAGAGAUAGUACCACUGCCACCUCCCCGUCUCUUGUCCUCUUUCUAUAUGUAAAUAUGAAAAUAGAUAUAAAUAUCUAACGAUUAAAUUAAUAGCUAUUUAUUAUUAGACUGUAAAAUAUAGUAAAUUAUACUCCCAGUUCUAAGAA